UGCAUCCCUCUUCUUAAUAUGGUUAUGUGCAGUUUUGGAUAUUGGAGUGUAAACAGAAAUAGAUUGUUUCAAUUAUAUUGAAGUGAACACACCACUGGGCAGCUCAGUGGUGCAGUGUGUAGAAUUGCCUAUAGGGGUGGGAGAUCUGGCAAUAAAUAUCAUAUCAUGAUUUUUUUUUUCCAGGCUGGAUCAUGAUCCACAGUAUUAUCACGAUUAUUUUAUAUGUUACUGAACAGAGCAAUCAAAUUUCCCUAAUGAUGAAAACAUAGCUCUGUGAGGAAACGUAACCUCAAAAAAGUACAUUGCUGAGUGCAUUAGCUGAGUUGGUUUAGAUUUUUAUGUAAAUUUAAAUAAAGCUGUUCAUGUUUAUUGCACUUUUCUCAGCAUUAUGUGUGCAGAUGAAAAAUCGUGGUGUUGAGGAAUAGUGCGAUUUGGUAAGUCGUAACUAGAAGUUGCUUCAAACCCUAAUUUUCAACCAUUUUGAGGGGCAUUAAAUCUUUUCCCAGGUAAAAUGUCCUGGUAUCAGUGAUGUCUUUCCAGCGCUUACUUCACGAGCAGUGUGUUUUUGUUACUGUGUUUGCUUCAGUCCUGUUUUUCAGAUGCAGUGCUGUUACACUCACAUGUGCUUCCAGUCCAAUCUGGAUUUCAGCACACUCUUUAUGGCGCUUUAUUUUGAGGCAUUUAUACAGGUUCGUCAUAUUUCCUCAACGGGACAAUCUUGCGUGUACAUAUUUGGAAAACAGCCACUGUUUGCGCUGUGUCCAUUGUGUAAAAUCCAGUGGUUCCAUAUAACUGAUAUUGAAUUUUUUAAGGCACCAACUCCUUGGGGUUGUCAGCCAGGCAGCUGUGUUGCCAAACAAAAUGAGGAGGAAAUAUAAGCCGAGGAACUGCUAACUCUUGGUUGUUAUUGGUUUGUUCAUGUGUCUGUCAGGGAAAAUGCCAGCUGGACUAGCAAAUAGAUUAAUGUUUGAGUGUUUUCCAGCACAACUGACAAAAUGUGUUUAGUAUCACAGCACUCACAAUCUCUCUGUAAAAACAGAUGGUGGAGAAAUUUUAAUCGCUUACGAUAUGUAAUAUCGUCAUAUGGCCCACCCAUGGGGUUGCCGCCUGCAGAACUCCAGGGUCCUCGGUUCAAUUUUGGGAUUGGAUUACUGUCUGCGUGGAGUUUUGCAUGUUCUCCCCACAUGGGUUUCCUCGGCAGCUGGGUUCUCCGGUUUCCUCCCACAUUCCAAAAACAUGCCAGUAGAUGAACUGCCUGCUCUUCAUUCAUUCUAGGUGUGAAUAUCUAUACAUGGUGUCCUGUGAUGGCCCAGCGACCCAUCCAGGGUGUAUUCCUGCUUCAUCCACAUUGUUCCCAGGAUAUUCUCCGGAUCCCUGAUCAGGAUAUAGCGGUUACUGAAGAUGGAUGACUGUAGAGCACACCACUGAUGUAGUACUUGACUCAUGGACUUUUGAGUCCCGAUUUAUAACUUGGCUUAUGUAUGAUUUGAAAUUUGAGAUAAUGUAAAUCACCAGCUAAACAAUCACUUUGUGAUAUAUUGUGAGAUAGUAGAGUGCUUGUAUUUGGAGUGCUUGUGCUUGGCUAUUUGAAUGACUGGACAAUGUAAGAUUGAAUGAAAGGCAAUACUGUUUAAGGAAGGUAAAGUUUGUAGUGAAAUUAUGGUCUUAUUCUGGCACUGACAUUCUUCACAAUCUGCUCUUAAGGGUAAACGAGACAAUUCUCUGCAAGCUUCUGCUGUUACGUUGUAUGUAACAUCAGAUGACAUGAUGCCUUUACAGCAUAAAAGACAUCAGUGGAUUGGACCAAAUUAUGUAUAAAACCUGAUACGAUACUGAUUCAGAGUUUCAACCCUGGAUCGACUUUGUUGGAUAGUGAUACCGUGUACCAGAUCAGUGUAUCCCUCUUUGCAAUCAAUGCAAGUCUCAGGCCCUAUUGAUGUGAUGACCUGGGCUUGGCCUGCUUUGUGUGUUUGUAUGUGUGUCAUGGUACUGGAGUAACAUUUCAUCUUUUUGCAGACAACACAACAGGAAGAUGUUGUUUGUGUAUGUGUGUGUGUGGGUGAGAGAAAGAGAGAGUCAAAAAACAAAGAAAAUGAGAAUCCAGGGCCAUGAAUUUAGCAAUAAGAACCUGAUAAAAUCAUAGUGGGUGCCAGCUGAGACAUGUCCACAAAACAGAAAGUAAGACAGAGGUUGCAGAGUGUUUAAGACUUACAGACAUUUGUCUGUCAAACUUUACACUUUUGUGAUAGCAGUAUGAGCUUCAGUGAAAGUUAGAAAGGGAAAUGCUAGUAUCAGGUGAACAUGCUGUUUUGAUUAAGGUUCAUAUGUUGUGCAUGCUUAUUUCUGCCCAUUGAGUGAGUCUGCACUGCGUAAAGAUGGAAAGAGAGCAGGUUUUGCCCUGAUAGUAGAGACUAUUUAAAUUCCUGAAGGAUGGAAUCGUUUCGGUUAGAACGACCAGUAACCCCCCAUCCAUACCUUUCCACUGCACACACAUGCGCAAAUACACACACACUACUGACUCCUCCACAAAUCCUACAUAUAAAUAAGCCAUGCACAUUUAUCUUAAAAAACCCAGGGGAAUUCAGCAACAUGCUGACUGGUUAGCUCAGCCCUAUCCUUUGAGCAGAUAAACCCCGACUCCCACACACACAUACACACACACAUACACACACAUACACACACACAUACACGUACAGGGCUAUGCAGGACAGCGCUCUGAUACCACUGUCUACAAACAGGCUUCUGUCUUUGCCUGGAAACAUUCACUGAAAUGAACGGAAACGUCAGCUUGCAUGGAAUGAGUCAGUCAGUCCGUGUAUGUGUGUGUGUGCGUGAGAGAGAGAGAGAGAGAGAGAGAGAGAGAGAGAGGGAGAGCUGCUCUGGAGAAACAAGCAUUUCUUUUAAACAUUUGAAAUGGCCCAUGUGGCCAUGAGGCAGGAAUUUGAUGGUCAUAUUUUGUGUGUGUGUGUGUGUGUGUGUGUGUGUGUGCAUGGGCGUGUGUGAGAGAGAGGUAAAGGUAGUGUAGUGUGGUGUUUAUAGUGUUUUAGAGUUGACAUUUGAAGGUUUUACAGUAAAUGCUUUAAUUACUGUGAUAUAUGACAUGAAUAGUGUGUGUGUUCUGUUGGUGAUGCUGUAACGCACUGAGAUAGAGAGGAAAGUCAAAGAAAUAAUUAUUUGAGAAUGUGCAAUGACAUUCUGCCUUAGGGGACAACUUAGUAGACAGAAAUAUCCAUUUUUAUACCAACUAUUCUGUAUAUCUUUAGACAUUCGGGGCAUUACAUCAUCCCUACUGUACAUGUGUUUGAUAUGAGAGAGCGAGACAAAGAGACAACAGUAAAGGGACAGAAGGUCAGACAGUUUCCAGUAUAAUGGGUGCUACAGAGGAAAUAAAUAUGGCUGUGCGUGAGACUGUACGCACACUAAUGCUUAGUCUAAAUCACUGUCAGCCUCCAUUUCAUCAUAUACACAACACACACACAUGUGGCUGAUGUGCAUAGAGUAAACACAUACACAUUCAUACAUAGUAACACACACACAAAAAAAACAUCUGGCUCAGUGAACAAAGUCUAUCUGAUUUUCCAUUUUGCCCAGGCAAAGUAAAUACACACACCCACACACUACGGCAGCGGCACACACACCUCCGAGCUUGCUAUAAUAACAGUUUGAUAUUAACAGUAUGAAAUUUGCAUAGGCAGAAUUCUUAUCUGCAGUCAUUCUCUCUUUCUCUGCCUUGUUCUAUCCCUUGCCUUUCCUGCUUUAUUACCAUGUUUUUUUCCUCCUUAUCUCUUUAUCUUUAUGAUCAGUCAUUCCUCUAAAGCCAGAAUGUGUCAGAGUAACAAAAAGAACAGGAGGACUUACAACACUGACCAAGGAAACAUGGAAACACCAAAGGCAGAAAAAGUAAAAAGGGGUGAAGACUGAAACAAACACCUCCCACCUCUCUUAUACGGAGCAGACAUGAAACACGGCAUCUAUUUGUUGAUCAGGUGUGCCUUGGGAAGGCAGAGUACUUCCAUGGCGCUUCUGCUAGUGAUCCCCUUGCUUCUUGCUCUCAUCCAGCCAGUUGCAAGCCAGGUGUAUGUAAACUCUUCCUCAUAUGCUGGCAGCACCAGAAUGCCUGCUCUAGAACAAGCCGAUCAGACACAGGAGAGCCUAAGGCCUUCUCAUCCCAUAGGCUGGACUGAAGUGCCUGACCAAAAAAUGGGUCCAAGAGCUAAGACAGAAAGAGUAACAGACAGAAAUGCUUCUGUUGGAGUCUUUGAGCAAGGAGACACUAUAUCAAAUGGGCAGCCAGAGGCUAUAAAUAAUACAGUGGAGGAGUCAUCAACAAAACCUUCAAAAAUACACAUGAAAGUUGACCUUACAGCACAUUCCCUAUCACCAAACAACAGAACCAAAGGUGGACCCAGCCAAACUCAACGUUCCACAGUUAGGCCUGUUACCACAGUACCCACCCAAAAGACUGGAGGCUAUUCUGAAAAGGAAACAACUACAUUUAUACCCAUCAAACAAGAUUCUGGUGGAACUACAAUAGCAGAUGCAGAGACAAUGCCCAAAAAAGCAAUUACUGACACCAAUACAGAAGACUGGUCAAUGUCAGCAGUAUUACGCCCCACUGUAAUUAGCUUAUUAAAGUCAUCAAUUGACUCUGAUGAUGCUGACCAAGGCCAAACAUCUCAUACCUUUCUUACAGCUGUGUCCACCACUCCUAUAAAGCCUACUAUUGGCUUAGUGCUUCAGGACAAAGCCUCCACUGCUACACUGGCCAGCACGAAACCAUCAACAUCAGUUCACUCCCCAAUGUUUGCUGACAGGAUGAACAUUACUGGGGCUGAUCUAGGAGCUAAGCAAGGCAAUACCACUGCAACAGGCCGUCAAUCAAAAGAAAGUCCAUCAACUACACCAUCACUUAAUGGAACCACUACUGUAUUCUACACAAACAUGACUGAUCUUGAGCUGAGGACACCACCACAAAGAGAAAACCCAGCCAACUUGACUACACCACAGCCAAAAAGCACAACACAGCUAGCAAGCACAAAGAUGAUAACCAAUCAGAAGUCAGAAGGAGCUGCAUCUCAAGGAGCAAGCUGUACCACAAGCAGCCAGCAAAGAGCAGAGAUCAACCCUUCAAAAAGCACAACAAAACUGCAAAGCACAACAGAUACAACCACUUCUCAAAGCACAACUCUGUCCCCCCUCAUGGGACGUGGACGUUUGCUACCAAUGGACAAUGAAGCAGGACAUGUAGAAAAAGAGCAUACUCUGUCCCUGGGGAAUAUCCCAUCAGUUAAACCUGGACCCACCCCUCCUGCAAAUUCCUGUGCCACUGGUUUGGGACUCUGCCCUUCUCCUGAAGUCCCAAACACACUCAGUGAAAUUACCACCUCAAACCGGACCUUGUUGGUGUGGGCUGACCUGAGCCGCACACUGUCGUUUGCCUGGGAGCUGCACGUUUUUGGUUCUGCUGCCCUCUACCUGCUUCUCACUGCUGGGUCUGCUUUGGGUUUAGCCCUGGCUCCCAGCAUGCUCUGCCCUCACCGUGGGGCCCUAGCACUUGCUAAUGGCCUCCUGCUCCUCACGGGUGCAAUCCGAGCCAUUUACUUCCUGGUUGAUCCUUAUGGUUCUCGUUUGCUCCUGCCAUUAUCAGUCAUCACAGCCCUGUACACAUUACCAUUGCCUCUGUUAAUAUGGGUGCAUUCUGCAAUGGUGGUGUUGGUGCUAAAAGGGGCUGAAGUGGUUUUGUUGCCUCCACCUCUCCAGCACCCACCUCUUCUGGCUGUGAUGGCCAUUCUCCAAUGUACUUUACUGCUAGCUGCAGACCUUCUGUCACCUGCACUGUCACCUGCUGUACCUGUUGUCCUGCAGAGCCUUACCUUGACUGCUGGGUUGGUACUCUGCCUGGGUUACAUAUUCCUGGUGCUGCCACGGCUCACUAAUGUCCCGGUAGGCCAUACCAGAGAUAAAGGGCUCGGUAGGUCGAAGAUGAGGGUGCUGGUGCGUGUGCUAGCAGGGUGUGCUCUUCUUGGGGCACUGUGCUGUCUGUUGCAUGCUUACACUUGUUUUUGGCUGUAUGGACUGCUAGGGGACUGGCGCCACUUCCGCUGGGCUUGGUGGCUGGUUCAGUUCUGGGCACGACUGCUUGAACUUACAUGGGCCUUCUGUCUGUUGCUGCUGAGCUCCUGGGUUUUCUGGAGAUCUCGAGGGGGCCAGAUGGGGAGAGCUCCAGGACAGGGAGCGGGUGCCGCAGGUGACCUCACUUCACCCUGCUCAUCCUCUAAUUCUUCAGAAACACAUACUUGCUGGGCAAAGAUUGUGCAGAGCCUGAAGGGGAGGCCUUGUAGGAAAUCUGACAGCAAUGGGGUGGGAGGGGCCAAUGGUGGUGGGGUGGCAGGGGAGAUGCCUAAUAACUGGGCAGGGCAGGAACGCUCAGGUGUAGACAUCAGCAAGAGCCUUAUAAGAAACCGGGACCCACCCAAAGAAAGUAACCGUGGACGCAACCAGAGAAGCAGUGAGGGCUCAUCUGGGUCAUUGUUAAGGUUGCAGGCACUAAGUCGACCACACCAGUGCUCAGUGAGCAGCAGUCUGGACCGGGAAAAAGAAUCAGCCAUCUCACUUUACGACUUUGACUUGCGUCCUCCAUCCCCAAUAGACCUGACCCGCAGUAUUGACGAGGCAUUGCACCGGGAGCAUCUGCUCAGGGGUGGCAGCCUGUUCCAUCCUCUGGGACCCCCAUCACCGCCUCCAUCACCUGAAACUUGGAUGCGCAGGAACAGCGAUCCUCAAAUUAUGCUCUCAGAGAGCAGUGAUGAGCACACUCUGCUGACUGAGUCCUCCGCUGGCUUAAACCGCUCCAUCCCUAGCGCUGUCCCAAGCCGGCAGGUAACAGCUCCACCGACACCCACCCAUCAAGGCCCACGCUGGACCUCUCAAACUCCUGUGCCUUCCUCCAUUUCCUGCCCCAUCUCCCUGCACCCCUCCCCUAGUAUGGGUCGAGCCCUGAGUCCCAGCACAGACGAUACCAGACCAUUCCUUACCCCUGACCUAGAUAAGGUGGGGUCAGACAGUGGAGGGGAGAGGGGCUACCUGAGAGUCAGUCGCCACGAUGACUCAGCGAGUGUCACCAGUGAAAUAAUUGAUCUUUGAACUGAUUUAUUUGAUCAAGGACCAAUGACCUGGGUAACAACCACCUGACAUUACCUGAAACAUAAUAAGGACUGACUAUAGUCUGGUGUGACUUAGAAUAAAAAAGAAAUGUCAGAUGGGACUUAAAUUUAGAACACAUUCGGUUUGCAUGCAGUAUGAACCUAUUUUAUUCUGAGGGUGUUUGUUCAUACCUUUUGUUUUGCUCACCUAUGUACCUAUUUAAGGAUAUUUGAGGAGCAAAGUGGAAGAACAAACUUUGUUCAGAAAAUGCUUCAACUAACUAAUUUCCCGAAAUUCAUCAUAGCCAAUUUAUGGAUAUGUAUUAUUUUUUAUUAUUUAUAAAUAGGCUGAGAGUAUUAAUUCAACAUGUUUCAAAACAUUCAUUUGCAAAUAUUAGCAGAUGGUUGUUGUAAAGUUUAAGAUGUUUGGGGAAAACUUUUUUUUAAACUUGGUUUGGACUUUUUUUUGUAACUGACUGAAGUUCAGACACUUAAGUUAUAUGUUGACAGUGACUGAGAAACUUAAUCUAUGUUAUGAAAUUAGAAAUUGUGCCUGUAUUUUUUUCAAUGCACUUAGCCAGUGGACACAAAAGUGAUAUUACAAUACAUGAUAUUAUACAAAUCUAAUCAAAUAUUUCUUUGCAAAUGACACUUUUUCAGAAAUGUCAUGGAGAGUUCUUUUACUAGGAUUGUUUGGGAAAGUUUUUUCAGUUGGUUUGGACUUUUUCCGUAACUGGUUGAUAUGUUGUAUCCAGGCACUUAUGUCUUUUAUAUGAAUAUCAGUAUGAGAGAUUUGUGCUGUGUUAUUACAUUAGAGGUCAUGCUUAUAAUGAACAAAAAAAGUCACUGACUGAAGGUAAAAUGUUACUAUAAUACAUAGAACAUAGUAAAAAUUAGCAUGACCAUUUAUUAAUAAUUGUAAUAGCAGACAUUCCAGUCUUAAUGCAAGACUCAUGCAACAGUUCAACUUAAUUAGCAUUUCAAGUUAAUUAGAAUUGUAAAUAAUAUUUUUCAAACACAUGACAUAUUUAUUAAUGUCUUCUGUUUUUGAAGGACCACACAGCUGCAUUUAUUGCAGAUGGCAUUACUGCAUUUGGUUGUACUUUUUUCUGCACAAAAUACAAUUCAGCAUGAGAGAAUAUAGAAAAAAUGUGCCAAAUCCACAUAAAGAAAAAAGAAACAUGCUUUCAAUAGUCAUAAUAAGAAAAGACGUUUGUUCUGGACAGCACAGGUAGCUCUACAGAACUUUAAUUACAGAUGUUUAAGUCGGAUUUUCAAACUAAAGUUUAUAAUAAACAUUUAGUAGAGAAGAAUGUAAGAAGAAUUUUUUUGCAGUAUUCCUGCCUGUUUUUAACCCUUAUAUUUGUCAUGAUGGGUGCAAGAUAUAUCUGAAAGGGAAAAAUAAUUUCAGACAUGCACUACAACCAAAACAUUCCCAAGCAAAAAAAAAGGAUUUUUGGAAAAAAUAAAAAAAAAUUAACAAUUAACCGAAUGUCUGCACCGCCAUUUCCCCGUUUCUUCACUACUAUUGAAAGACUUCUGAAGACUCAAAGCUCAAAGCAGAAGCUGCUGACCAUUAAUGUUCCACAUUCACUCUCCAUACCACUUUUAUUUAAAGCAAAACAUAUUUUAAAAUUCAAACAAUUUGUGAGUUAUAUGCCAUUUCCAGUGUCACUCUCAUUUUAAACUAUAAUAUGGGAAAAACUGAUACAGUCAUAUUCUUCACAAUCCCAUACACUGACCAAUUUUUACUCCUUUACAAACUACUAGUUGCUUUGGAUAUUAUUAUAAUUCCUGAGAAGAGCAAUGGCAUCAGCUUUCACACAUUAUGAUGUAAACCAUCUUUAGAUUUUUACUGCAAAAUAAACAACUAAAAGUGAAUAAGACAGGCUAAUAUUCAGGAAAUGGCUAUAGUCUGUGUCACUAUCUCUUCUAGGAAUGUUGUGUAUAGUAUAAUUUCAAGUUUUCAAGUUUUAUUUUCAGUCGGGCUGUGCAUGUUUUACACAACAAAUCUGAGGUUAUGUGUACCAUAAAAGAAAAUGUAAAUACUGCUAUUUUUGUGGUUUGUAAAUAAGAAUAUGCCAUGUUCGGAAUAACAUGAAAUAUAUUUACUGUGAAUGACAAUCCUGCAGAGUGCAAGUAUAUUUCCAGGCACAAUACAAGGACUGGCAUUAAAGAGACUCUUAUUUUUUUAGAUAUGUAAAAGUAUAUAAUUAAGAAUCCUAGUGAUAUUGAACGUAAAGAUUUUUUGUUUGUUUAAAAAAAAACAAAAAAGGGAUACAUCCCAAAAUAUAAUGCCGCUACAUAAGGAGGGAAUAUAUAUAUAUAUUCCUGCCUGUAUAUAUACAAUACCAUCUUGCACUUAAACUUUUUUCCCUGUAUUCAAGUAUCUUCCCUAACAAUGUUAACAUUUCUCUUAUUCUCUUUAGUAGAAUGCUGGGAGGAUCACAACUGUGAAAAUAUAAUGACCGGCUUGAGUUUCCAUAUUCUGGUCAAUAUGUGAUUGUGUAAAUGAAUGUACCUGCUCAAUUAAAUGUCUUAUCUGUGCUGUCAUAUGAUCCAAUGAAGUGCCAUAAUGAUGUCUUGAACUCCCCCAUCCCAUUCAUACUGGGUUGGCUUUUCGUCUUAUUGAUAGCAUUGUUGUUGUUAUUUGUAUUUUAUGAAUUAAGUGCCCUAGUGCCGUAUACAUGUAUUUUGUGCCAGCAUGCUUACAAAGCAAAUCUGAGUUCAUCAUUUUCUUUGCAAACUGAAAUAUGUUCUCUCUUAUUCAUUAUGACUAUUUUGAGCUGAUGCCUCAUUGUGGUUUUUAUUAAAACUGAUGACAAUUUGACAUUUUUUGUCUUAUUUGUUAUUUUUAACAAGACAAGACAGUUUUAAUUUCACAGCAGCACAGACUUUUCCUUUUCUUGUUUUUCUUCACAAACCACCUCUCUGUAAAGUUUUCUUUUUUAUUUUCUUCUUGUAGUGUUGAUCAAACUGCUCAUUUUGGGACCAAUUGAAGUGAUCCUUCCAGUCCCUGACUUUAUCUAAAAUGUGUUGAGAUACAGUCAAGAAGGACAAGUAGAAAUGAAAUAAAUUGAUCACUUAAUGUGUCUAUUUGUAAACUUACCUUUACACAGGAAUUGAGAGACACUGAUCUAAACUCUAGUGAUGGAUCAUGUGGGAGGUUAGUCACAGGAUUUGCCUUCAUUACAUCAGACUUACAUCAAAUGUAUCCUCUGAUUUCCUUUCUUUCUUUUUCUGAUGUGGACAAACCAAGAAAGGAGCAAAGCUGCCUAUCUUACGUCCAGUGUCCUGAAGCACCAGUACAGUAAUGGCUGCUAAUAAGUAUUGACAUCCAUAUUUCUGUUCAUAAUGGACAUGACUUAACCGGACUUUAAGUGUUUAAUUGGCUAUUUCAUAGUCCAACCACAAUGUCAGCCUUUGAUCUGAUAUAUUGACCACUCAAAGUGGUGUCCAGAAAGAUGCAUGCAGUAUCACCAGCCUGCAUCUUCUAUAACGAUGGGAAAAAAAGUCAUGGUUCAUACUAUUGCAUUGUCAAUAGAACUUCCAUUUAAGUGAUAGUAGUAACCCUGAUCAUGA